GUCAAUUGAGCCCCUCGACACCCCAAUUGACCUCUCCUUUGUCUGCGCCAGCAACCUCACCCUCACCCUCACCCUCCUCUCUUCGAAGCGCGACCAUGCUGCGAACCUCGCUCCUCCGUGCUGCUCCUCGAGCAUCGAUCGUACGAUCACUCCCGGCGGUCCAACAGCAACGACAAGCCCACGCAAUCUCCAGCCCGACACUAGCAAACAUCGAGAAGCGAUGGGAGGGCAUGCCACCACAGGAGCAGGCCGAUCUAUGGAUGGCGCUCCGGGACAGGAUGAAGGUGAACUGGGGCGAGUUGACGGUGCAGGAGAAGAAGGCUGCGUACUAUAUCGCCUUCGGCGCCCACGGGCCCCGCGCCCUGCCCCCGCCAGGCGAAGGCUGGAAGGUCGCCGGGUACACGGCGCUCGGCGUCGCGGUCAGCUUCGCGUUGUUCGUCGCGAUACGCAUGGGUGCGAAGGGAACCCCGGGGACCAUGAACAAGGAGUACCAGGAGGCCACGAAUGAGUAUCUGAAGAACCAAAACUCAGACCCCAUCUCCGGCAUCUCGUCCGAAGGGUACAAGGGCAAGGGAAUGGUACAGAGCGCGCCGAAAAAGGCGUAAACUCCCCCUCUCUAGUACCUUCUUUCUUGUUCCACCGACACAAUUUCUUUUGUUCUUAGAGAGUGGGCUGUGCAUAUGUGAUUGAUGAGAGGGAGAAAAGUCUGCUGUUGAAUGGAUAAGGGAGGGGAAUUGAAAAGUGAGUGGUGGUAGUGGAUGGGAUGGGGAGAAGGGGAGAACUGUACAAAGAUCUGCCUUUUAUGCUACACGCUUGUUAGAGAAUGGAUUCGAGA